GCUUACUGAGCUUUAGACAACAUUGUAUCAGAGCCCAUUAACAUCUGCAUAUAAAACUCUAACGCGUUCAGUCACUACCCCUCUCAUUGUUAGGGUUUUGGAGGUAGAGAAAGGAGCAGCUGAGCAAGAUCGGCCAAAAUGUCGAAGAGAGGUCGCGGAGGUUCCGCGGGGAACAAAUUCAGGAUGUCGUUGGGUUUACCGGUGGCAGCCACUGUUAACUGUGCCGACAACACCGGAGCAAAGAACUUGUACAUCAUUUCAGUGAAAGGUAUCAAAGGAAGGCUUAACAGGUUGCCAUCAGCUUGUGUGGGUGACAUGGUUAUGGCUACAGUGAAGAAGGGUAAGCCUGAACUCAGGAAAAAGGUUAUGCCAGCUGUCAUUGUUCGUCAACGCAAGCCGUGGCGCCGAAAGGAUGGUGUCUUCAUGUACUUCGAAGAUAAUGCUGGUGUAAUUGUGAAUCCCAAGGGAGAAAUGAAAGGAUCUGCAAUCACAGGGCCAAUUGGGAAAGAGUGUGCUGAUCUGUGGCCAAGAAUUGCAAGUGCUGCCAAUGCUAUCGUGUAGAAGAGUUGCCUUCUGUAGUUUGAGAUUCUUGUUGAGGGUUGAUUUAUGUGUUCGGAUAUUAGAGAUUGUCUUAUUAAGAGAGUUUUUGCUGGUUUGAGAAUUUUACAUCUAGAAUACAUAACUAUUGCCUGUUUCUUCUA